UCAAAGGAAUAUUUACCGGAGAAAAUAUUUGAAAAAAAUCUCGAGUUUGAAUUUAAAAUUGAAACUAUCAAUGCAGCAUUGAUUUUGGUGACCAAAAUCCUGGGAGGUGGCUUAGCCGGCGGCGUGAUGCGGAGCUGUACACAUCCUCUCGACGUGCUGAAGAUACGCAUGCAGCUGCAAGUGAGCCAACAUUCGAGGAGAAAGUACCGCGGCAUCGUGCACGGCAUAAGGACUUUGUACGUCGAAGAGGGAAUGCGAAGCUUGGUGCGGGGCCACAACACUAGCCAGGUGAUGGGCAUCACGCAGGGUCUAGUGCAAUUCUGGUCGUAUGAGAAAUUAUCCACAAUGUCCCGAAAAGUUUCUUACUUUAAAGAGCAUAAAUUCCUGCGCCAUUUCCUCUGUGGCGGCUUCGCCGGAUGCCUGGCCUGCAUGGCGGCCCAUCCGUUCGACGUAGUGCGUGCGCAUGUGAUGGCAGUUGACCUUGUAACGGACCGCACUAUGAUCCAAGGAUUUCGGAAUUUGUACACCAUUAAAGGAUGGAAUGGAUUAACACGCGGUCUACCCAUUGCCCUGCUCGAGACUUUUCCGCUGAUGGGCUUAAAGUUCCUUUUUUACAAGUACCUAAACGCCAUGACUCUGUCCGUGCAGCAGAAUAAAGAGAUUGAGAUUGGUGGCUACCAUAUACUCGUAAACGCAGCGCUGGCUGGCGGUACAGCGAAGAUGGUAGUUUACCCCGUCGAUGUGCUCAAAAAGCGCAUCCAACUGCAUGCUUUGAACCAGGAUCCUAAUAGUACCCGCCGUAGUCCCGAUUGUCCCACAGUGCGACGCUGCAUCGCCAGUACACUCCAGUAUGAGGGCGUACGAGGAUUCUACAGGGGCCUGUGGCCCACCAUUUUGAGAUCCAUGCUGGCCAACGCCAUUUACUUCACCAUCUACGAUCUCUUCUGCCGACAAUUUAUUGCUCCACUCCUAGAAUCGGUGGACUCGUAGAGGACAUUGGUCAUGAAUUGUAUUUACACAUUCCCCUUACUUAAAACUGGGCAGGAAAUGAAAGGAAAUGUAAAAAAAAAAUAAUUUUAAAAUACAAAUAUGUAUUUUUGAUAGUAAAUUAUAAUAUAUAUGUACAAUGCAAUAUAUUCUUUCGAUGCUGCUCCAAUUGUUUUAAUUAUAUUUAUCUUAUUAGA